ACUGGACGGCACUCACUGACAUUGCUGCUGCUGCUUUACAAGGUGAACACAGCGGCGCACACUCCAGGCUCGGAUUCUGAAUACUGUGUGUGUGUCUGUGAGUGUGUGCAAGCGUGUUUGAAAGAGAGGGAGAGAUGGAUAUUUUGGAGACACAUGCCUACGAUAGCAGACUGCGCAGAAAUGCGUCCUGUGUUCUGUUUCUUGGCCUCCUCCCGUUCUUCCUCUCCGCGGCAGCCUACCUCCAGCUGUGGCUGCCCGACCCUUCCCCCUCGGUGGUGUCAGCUGCAGCGAAGUCUGCGCCCGUGAUCUAUCUGGCCCUGGUGGUGCUGUACCGCAACGGACUGGGGAGCCUGGUGGGCGUGGCCGGAGGGCUGCUCUUCUCAGCCGGCGGAGACAUAUGUCUUAUAUGGCCUGAGCUCUUUCUCCAUGGCAUGGGUUCUUUCGCGGUGGCCCACCUGCUCUACUCCCUGUGCUUCCUCUCAGAGCGUUACACCUACUUGUCCUCCUCCUCCUCCUUGUUCUAUGUCCUCUACCUCCUGCUGUUGCUGCUGGUGGGAGGUGUGUAUGCUAACCUGCUGCCGUACCUCCAGAAUGUUCCGGACGCCGGCAUCAUCACCCCCGCUGUGGGGGUGUACGUGCUCCUGAUCGUCGUCAUGGCAAUGCUGGCCCUGCGGACACGCCGACCCCUCACCCUGAUGGGCAGUCUGGUCUUCAUGAUCUCGGACCUCUGCCUGGCGCUGCAGCACUUUGGUGUCAUACCGCCCCAAGAGUAUGGCCAGCACGUCGUCAUGGUGACCUACUACUUGGCCCAGCUGCUGAUCGCCAUUGGUGAUGUGAGAGCAAAGGAGAACGACGAAUUCAGGAAGUGGAAGAGGUCAUGAGUGCUGACCCUGCCAUACAUGGUGUAAGAGAAUGUAUUCUCUAUUGUAUGUAUGUGUGUGUGUGUGUCUUUGCGUGAGAGAGAGAGAAAAAGUCAUAGUGACAAUAUUAACACGAGCAUGUACUGUAGUAAAUGCAUAAGGGCCUAGCUCAGAUCAGAUGGCUAAGAAACGAAACUGACAAUAAAUUCUGUUCUUUCCUUUAAUAGUGUGACAAAAAAAGGUCAGAAUGAAAGCUGUGAACUGAAACACGGACAACUGUGUAUGCCUUUUCAAAAAUAAAACUGUACAUCUUUUCA